UUAUUAACUUCUUGUGUAGAAUUGGUACCGGAUUCAGAACAUAUAAAUUGUAUAAUCUCCGAAACACGUACGACAUGUUCCAAUCAAAUUUGUAAAAACACUUUGAUCUACAGCGACGAAUUCAAUGACGAUAAGUUGACAUGGAAAAAGGAGGUCAUGUUUCCACAGGAGCCUGACUAUCCGUUUAACGCCUACGAAACUAAAGCGAUACGUGUUGAAAAUGGAACACUAAUUAUAAAACCAGAAAUUUCUGUAUACGGCAGAACAGAAAAUGACGUGUACAGUAAAUGGGACCUGGGUAGUUUAUGUACAGGUGAACUUGGCACUAGAGAGUGUAUUCAAACGUCGUCCGGCGCUCAAAUCCUCCCACCAAUUACAAGUGGAAAAAUAUCCACAAAAGGUCUAUUUAGUUUUAAAUUCGGCCGAAUUGAUGUGCGCGCUAAGCUGCCAGUUGGAGAUUGGUUGAUACCGGAAAUCAAUCUGGAACCAUUAAACCAUGAGUACGGAAAAGAUCACUAUGCGUCAGGGCUACUGCGAAUUGCCUAUGUUAAAGGAAACCAGGAAUUCUCUAAAGAACUAUAUGGGGGACCAACUGUAUUCGAUAAGGAGCCUUUGAGAUCGAUAUUUUUGACAAAACACGACAGUUCUGUCAGUUAUUGGAAUAAUGAUUUUCAUGUUUACUCAUUAAUUUGGAUGCCUGAUGGUUUUCAACUAUUAGUGGAUAAUUUACCUUAUGGCACACUUAUUAAAAGUACUGAUCUUGAUGAAUCCCUCAUUUCUGAAUUGCCGCCGCAAUCAGAGAGCUGGGCAAGAGGAACGCCUAUAGCGCCUUUGGAUCAAUUGUUCUACAUAUCACUCGGAGUACGUGUCGGUGGAAUCAACGACUUCGCAGAUAGCCCACUCAAGCCCUGGAAGAAUAGUAACAGCAAAGCUAUGUACAAAUUUUGGCAAUCUACACUCUUGUGGCACUCGACCUGGACUUCGCCAGAAUUGGUCGUGGACUACGUCCGUGUAUACUCUUUGUGAAUUUUAAUUAUACGUGUUUAAAUUGUGUAAAA